AUGUAUGCUGAAGAUGUUGCAUUAGAAAGUAGAUCAUCUCAAGUAGUAGUUGCUGUUGAUAGAAUAUUUAAUUUUGUCAGCUCAUUGAGUAGUGUGUCUUGGGAAGAAAUCCAAUCGUCGUCGAUGGCAGAACACCCACGUAUAUUCAGUUUACAAAAGAUUGUGGAAAUUUCCUAUUAUAAUAUGGGUCGUAUUAGAAUGGAAUGGUCAAAUGUUUGGGCCAUUCUUGGUGAACAUUUUAAUCAAGUUGGAUGUCACCCUAAUAUUAAUAUUGGAUUUUUUGCUGUUGACUCAUUACGACAACUUGCAAUGCAAUUUUUACAUAAAGAUGAACUACCACAUUUCAAAUUUCAAAAAGAUUUCUUAAGACCUUUUGGUUAUAUUUUAGCAAACAAUUCAAAUAUUUCAAUAAAAGAUAUGAUAUUAAGAUGCAUUCAACAAAUGAUCCAGGCAAGAUCUCAUAAUAUCAAAUCUGGUUGGAAAUCUAUAUUUGGAGUUCUUACAGCUGCUGCAAAAGAACCUCACGAGAGUAUCGUGGUUAUGGCUUUUGAUCUGACUAGAUUGGUAAUCAAAGACCAUUUCGAUAAAAUUGUAUCAAACAGUACAUAUCCUGAUCUUAUGGUUUGCCUUAGUGAAUUUUGUAAGAAUAAACGAUUUCAAAAGACAAGUCUUCAAGCAAACGAACUCAUAUGUCAAUCAAUACCUAAAAUGAUUGAGGAUCCACAUUACCAAUUAAAUGGUCAAGCUAGUGUUAAAUCAAUUACCAAUGAUGAUCCAUUAUUUAAAUUUUGGUAUCCUUUAUUAUUUGGAUUUCAUGACAUCAUAAUGAAUGGGGAAGAUUUAGAAGUUAGAACAAGAGCCCUAAAUUCAAUGUUUGAUACUCUUAAGAAAUAUGGUUCAACGUUUUCUUUAGAAUUUUGGGAUGUCAUAUGUCGACAAAUCCUUUUUCCAAUUUUUGGAAUUCUGAAGUCAAAAUCGGAUAUUACAAAGUUAACAAAUCAUGAAGAUACGAGUGUAUGGCUGUCCACAACAAUGGUACAAGCACUUCGUAAUAUGAUUGAUUUAUUUACAUUUUAUUUUGAUAUCCUUGCAAUCAUGAUGGAUGGAAUCUUGGAUUUGUUAAGCUCUUGUAUAACCCAAGAUAAUGACACAUUAGCACGCAUUGGCAGUUCAUGCUUACAACAAUUAAUAGAGGCCAAUGUGAAAAAAUUGCAACUGGAUCACUGGGAAAAAAUUAGCAUAAUGUUUGUUAACUUGUUUGAGAAUACUACAACAUAUAAAUUGCUUGAUGAGGAUCAUUAUUUCAUCAAGGCAGCUAAUAAAAUUUCAGAGAAAACUAAUGGUGAUAUUAAUUUAUAUCCAGAAGAUAAUAAGGCUGGUUUCAAUGUUUCAACUGUACCAAGGACUCAAGAAUUUAAUGGAAUCAUUGUAAAUUGUUUAUUGCAAAUACUUCUUAUCGAUACUAUUGAUGAACUAUUGAACAACGUAAUUGUGUAUGAAUCAAUGCCAGCAAUUCACCUAUUGAUAAUUUGUGAAUGUUUAGAAAAAUCAUAUUUAUUUGCACAAAAAUUUAAUGAUAAUAGAGAUUUAAGGGUUGCUCUAUGGAAAAUAGGGUUCACAAAACAGUUACCAAAUUUAUUGAGACAAGAAACAAGCAGUGCUUCUACAUAUUUUAAGCUAUUAGUAAAAAUGUAUUUUGAUAUAUCAAAAGAUCGUCAAGAAAAAAGAACAGAAGUUCAAGAAAAAUUAAUAUUAUUUUGUGUACAAGUAUUUGAACAUUAUAAUUCAUUUAAUCCUGAAUCACAAAAAAGAAAUAUCAAUGCUUGGACACCAAUAAUAACUGAAAUUUUAAAUGUUUUUAAUAAUCUAAAAGACAAUGAU